AAGUUGCCGGCGGAACCCGCUCAGUUCUACUCGAGCCGCAGACGAUAACGCACGCGUUUUCUCUCUAUAAUCUGAUAUAACUUUACGUAAGUUAACGAUGACGCUUCCAUGCGUGUUUGCGGUUCUGGCGUUGGUCGGGGCUACCUUCGCGGGCCCUGAGGUCACCGAACUAAAGGUCGACGUCGUGAGCGUUCCAGAAGAAUGCGCCGUCAAGUCCAAGCACGGCGACAUGCUGACCAUGCAUUACACCGGCACCUUGGACGAUGGGCACAAAUUCGAUUCCAGCUUCGACCGCGAUCAACCCUUCACCUUCCAAAUCGGCGUCGGCCAGGUGAUCAAAGGAUGGGACCAGGGUCUUCUCGACAUGUGUGUUGGUGAGAAACGCAAACUGACCAUCCCAUCCUCUCUGGGUUACGGCGAGCGCGGGGCCGGCAACGUGAUCCCUCCCCACGCUACCCUCCACUUUGAUGUGGAACUCAUCAACAUCGGCGACUCGCCCCCGACCACCAACGUCUUCAAAGAAAUCGACGCUGACGCCGACAACAUGCUGUCCCGCGAAGAAGUGAGUAUAGAGUUAGCGUUCCAAGCCAUGGAUACCGAUGGAGACAAAGAAUUGUCGCGCGAGGAGGUCAGCGAGUACUUGAAGAAGCAGAUGGUUCCGUCCGACGGCGCCGAGAUGAGCGACGACAUCAAACAGAUGCUGGAGAGUCACGACAAGCUUGUAGAAGAGAUCUUCCAGCACGAAGAUAAGGAUAAGAAUGGUUUUAUCAGCCACGAGGAAUUCUCAGGGCCGAAGCACGAUGAACUCUAAAUACCUAAUUAUUUAAUGUAGAAUGCCCGGCCCCGUGUCAAUACUGAUUUCAUAUUUAGCGCAGUGACGGGCGCCGGGUCCGUAAGUUGUGCGUGCGAUAAGUGUUUCCAAUUAUUUAUACCCAGUCAUAAGUAAAUUCACAAUAGACCUGCGAUGUAAUGAUGUCGAUCUACGGAUCCAAUAUGUGUAGAUUUAGUGAGUUUUAAGAGUCAUUUUAAUAAAUUUUUGUUGAGUCUUUUGUACUUAGUUUAUUUUACUUAUGUUGUUGGUGUAACGGAGUUUUGUUAUUUAGAGUAUGAUUAUUAGUAUAACUAUUUACUUUUAUGAUUUACUUCUGUAUGAUAUUUUUUAACUGUCUGCAUAAUAUUUCCUAUUGAUGUCUAUUUUGCAUGUAAUUUAUAACUUUUAAUAAUGGUCAACUGAAUAAUCAUAUAAUAUUAUAAUAAAUGUAGUAGAUUGAGCCAUAUAAUAAUCUCAAUGUAACGUAUUAUCCAGUAACGAUUAUUUAUCUAAGUAAUAGUUAAGUCAUAUCUAUCCACUGGAGUACCUAAAGCUCCUUUACAUACUAUUUGUGUCACAUAAUCAGAUAAGAAAGACACAAACUACAGCACUUCCCUAUAUUUGUGUUGACUAUGAUCUAUUGUAUAAUUACUUUCAUGCUCAAAUUGUCUAUCGUUUCUCGUGUUUGUAUGUCCUUGAAUGAGAACUUGAAUUAACUGUUUGUAAUACUUUAUACCUAUAAUAAUUAUGUAAUAUUAUUUUAAGUACGUCGUGAAAGACAACGAUUACCUACCCUGUUUGACAUUCAUUCCGCUGUGGUUUAAAUAAACUUAUUUAUACAUUUAUCUACCAACAA